AAACAUGACAACCAAACAGUAAAAAUACCCCCCCAUGGAAAAUGGAACGAUUAUGUGAAAACCCAUCACAUCCAUCCUUUAAACUUCCCGCGGAGAGCAUCCAGGUGAUCCUAAAGUAUGAAAAAUCCUUAUCCCCGAUCCUUUCUCGCCUCUCGGUGGAUAACAGGGUGGACCCAUCACGUUCAAGCACCUUCGAAUCCUCACAAGACGAAAUCCCUUAUCGCUCCUCAAAGAGGAGUUUGCAGAAAGUCACCUGGGAGGAAGAUUCUUACGAAGGAAUCGUGGUGAAUGGAAACUUACACGGCUGGGGAUUGUAUUACACCCAACGAGGGAGUCAAAGGUACUUCUACGACGCCCAAUUCUACAUCAACAAACUGGAAGGAUACGGGGAGAUUUUCUACGAAAACGGCUCCUAUUUCCAGGGUUUAUUUAAGAAGCAACUCCGUUACGGUCCAGGGGUACUGACUUACCCCAACGGGAGUCAGGACGUGGGGUUCUGGAACGGAUUUAAGCUGAUAAGGCUUACUUGUGUGGUCGGUAACGACCUGGUGCCCAAAAUAGCCAACACACAACUGGGUAGAAGUAAGCUGAUGUGCAACAGGUACCUUGUGCAACUGGAAAACAACAAUUUUAUGGAAGAACACGUGUUUCCUUCAAUGGAAGAAAAACCAUCUAAAUACCUGGACCAGGUGCAUAACAUUGACGUGAGGAACCCAAACAGCCUGUUCUUCCACAAGAAGUUCUAUGACGAGCAAUUCUUCAGGGGUGAGGAGUGCACUAUAAACGUUGUGGUGGAAGAUGGAGGAACUUCGACACCAGAAUAUAUAGAUGAAGCAUUAUUUCAAGAGCGCACAACCAUUUUGAGGAGGAAAAUUAAGGAAGUGAGUGACAGCUGGGAAACUUUUGCCGCUUUAAAAAAGAAUCUGAUCGAUAAAGUUGAGCAGUGUAGAGUUUGCUGCAAGGACCAAGUGUCCCAGGCAGAAAAUACCAUACAAGAAGAAGAAGAAGAAGAGGAGCAACUUAAUGUCGCUGAUUCUGUUUCUCCCAUUGCCUUUAAGCUUGUCGCAACCUCAGAAACUCCGACCGAGUCAAUUUUUGACUCUCAACUCUUGGUCGGUCGCAGUGGGUUGAUUUUUCAACCGGUAGAAGUCUCGCAGACUCACAGUAACAUUGAACCAGUGCCUGCCUUGAUGAGUAAAGAGUCCCAAGUGGAGGUGGGACCUUUUAGGGAAUUCACUUGUUCUUGUGAAGAAGAGAUCACUGAUGAUUUGCAAUAUAUGGAAGACCAACUGGAGAAUAUCAGUAGACAAGAGCUUUAUUAUAGAAACAUCCGCGAUGAACUACAAAAAAAACUAAACAAAAUGAUAGAAACCGAAGAAAAAACUAACCAGACAAAGUUCCAGUACAAAAAAGUGAAAGUGAACGAACUGUGGGCCUGGAACAACGAAGAAACGUUGAUCGAAAUGCAAAAACACUGCUUCAGGCACCGAAACUCCGAGGAUAUGGUCAACUUUGACGUUCCCAGUUUGAUUUUAGGCGAAAGAAAAACCUUUGGCCCUACAGGCGAACAUGAAGAACUCUGCCAAAAAUUCCUCCUGGCUUGCAGUAAAGGUAACAAGAACUUCGUGAAAAAAUGCCUGAGACAGGACCAGGUACAUCCCAACGUAACAGACGCCCGAGGUAACAGCGGGAUGUUCUUUGCCGCAUCGAAAAACCAACAAAACGUCAUCUCCAUUUUAACGAACUUCGGUGGGAAACUCGAUCAGCUGAACGACGAGCAGUUAACCCCUUUAUCGAUGACAUUGUUGCAGUACAUUUGUGUGAAAAACAAUUGCGAAGACUGGGAGAAGGCGUUUUUACCUAGCAGUACUGCCUGCAAGGUACCUGACUUACCAAAAUGGUAUCAGGUCAAGUCGUUUUUCAGUAUGCCCUCGGGAUCCUCUUUGAAUUCCAGUUUACUGGACCAAGAGUACGCUGAAAGUAACCAUAGGAUUAUAGAGUUGUUCCAAAGGAUCUCAAAUAUGCCUAUAAAAAGAGGGAGCUUACGUAAGGCGGCCUCAAAAAUUUCUUACAUUUUUGACCUGAAUUGCUUAAAGUUGCCUGAAAAGCGCGUAGAGAACAAAGAAGAAACCCCAGUUAAUAAGGCAGAUGAGCUGCUAAAAUCCACUUAUUUGACUAUAACGACCCUGUUGGACUAUGAGGCCAAUCCGAACGCGUGUGAGGUGCCUUAUCCUCCUUUGGUGUUAUCCCUGUUUACGGAAAACGCCGAUAUAGUAAAACAGUUAUUAAGGGCAAAAGCUGAUCCUAAAGUCACCAUCGAAGAAGACCUCACUUGCUUGCAUAUAGCAGCCUCACUACCGCCUACGGAGAACAACAUUGAGAUCUGCCAGGUGUUGGUUAAGUACGACUGCGACCCCAACAAAAAAACCUUACCGACCCACUGGGAAGACAAACGAACCACCUACACCGGACCCCUGCUUGAAAUUUUCCAAAUUCAAGAUACAGGCAAAAACCCUUUGCACUUACUGUGCAUGAGGUCAGACUUCGGGUACGAUACAAGCGACUAUUUUCAAAACGUAGCUAAGAUCCUGAUUGACGCUCAUAUUGACGUAACGGAGAAAUACUUGGGUCACACCCCUCUGUCUUUGGCAGUACUAUCCGGUAACAUAAAACUGGCCAAGUGCUUACUGAAGUCGAACCUAUUCAACCCUUAUGAACCCUUAGAGUAUUGUAUGGGAAACAUUUUGACCCUCUAUGCUCUAAAGCGCUUCGAAAACAGUUUAUCCAUUGAGCAAGUUAAGGCAAUGCUCGCAGCAUUGGUGGAACUUAACGUGAAUGUUCUGUACGAGGUGGAAGAUGCCGAAAACGCCAUCGUUUUUGUCGAGGACUUUGACACUUUCCUGGAACAGCUGGAUCAAGGCGAGAAAAAGACAAAAAAAUCAAAAAAGAAGGAGAAACACUCUCAGCGUGAGGUUAUCAUAGACUUCUUAAAAAUAUUAGCCAGACAGACUAUCGUGAAGCGAAUCCAACUGAAGGUGGUGCAAAUGCUCAUAAUGUUCACUGAAGAAGGAAUCCCCCUGGAAGAUUCCGAUAUAUGUAAAACGCUCGUCUCGGAGUUCCUGACCCCCGCAGAGGUCAUUAAAAACGUCGAGAUCAUUUUUGUCACGAGGACUUUCGGGAAGGACCGACUUAAGGCGCGAAAAUUAAAAGAACUAGUGGCUUUCGCCGAUUUACAUAAGAAACCCGUCAAAGGGCUAAUAAAGCAGCAGAAGAAGAAGAAAGGCAACGCGAAAGACCCACCGAAAGAAGAGAGAUCGAAAUACAGUUUGGACACCAUCGAUUCGUUGAGCACCGAUUUGGAGUUGAUCAGCAAGAGACAGUGUUAUGUGCAUCCAGUGUAUCUCACUAUACCAGGGUUAGACGACCCACUAAAGUACAAAGUCUGUUUCCACUGCCUCAGAGGCAAAGAAAAACGUUUAAAGGUCUGCCCCCGUUGUCAACUGAUCUACUUCUGCUCCCUCCAAUGCAAUAAGUCCAACUUGAAGGUGAAAAGUCAACACGGUUGUAACCUAUUGUUCUACGAGAUGUCCGACAUCCAGAUUGAGGAAGUCACUAAGGGGGUGUGUCUGGAAGAUUUGGUGCUGAAGUUGGAGGAGCACUGCGAAGUUCGUCUGAACGAGGCGCGUUACGCCAGGCUGGUGGAGCAGGAGGAUAAAUUGUUGGCGAUGUGGAGGGCGGACACUUACGGCACGAAGUUUAUGAAUUUGAUGCCGCUGUUGGAGGAAGCCGAACGAAAGGCCACUGGACAGUACAUAACGUGGAACGUGGUCCUACUGAAAUCAAUUCUGGAAAGAAGUUUUAAAACGGAUCCAGGCGACAUUUCCGUUUACGCGAUCGAUAAUUUGCUGUUAAAACUGAAACGUAGUCAACGGCUGCAUGAUUUGAAGGAAGAAGAGGUUGCUAGACCCAGACAGAGCAUGCGUCGCAGUACCAUAGGUGGUGGAAGUACAAUAAAAAGUCUAAUAUUCCAAGAUUUUAUCACAAGAAACGUUGAAGACACAAAAAAGGACCGCACAAAGGGUGUAAAAAACGCCGGUUCUCCUAAAAGAGGCACUGAACCACAGAAACCCAAAGAAAAAACCCAGAUGGGCAAAUGUGACACCGAAGGUAAAUUUCCGAAGCAACUGAAACAGAAACAACAAGACCACGAAGGGCUCUCGGUGUUAAAGAGAAUGCGAAAAAUCCCUUCGAGAUAUCGCCGAUUCAUCGAGAUCGUCAGUUUGUACUUUCCCGAGGUCGAUUUCUCGUUUUGGCUUUUACCUUAUGCUUGUUACAGUGACGGUCAGAUGUAUUAUAAAUUUUGUACGAAAUUUUUUAAAGAAAGUUACAGUAUGGCGUAGAA